AUGGCGGGGCGCGAAGGGGCGGUGCGCGCCCAAUCCGGCUGCAGGGAUCGAUGCACGGAGUGGGGAGCCGGGCAGCCGUGGUGGGGAGGCAACGCGAGCGCGCGUCACAGGGGGGAAGAACCUGACUUCAUCAGCGCGGCAACAGUGGAAGGCCUACGAGUGCGACGAGAUGACACAGCGCCGGCAGACCGCCCCGGCAGCGUGACACCUCUGCACGACGAAGAUUCCGACAGCGGCGCCGCCUCCAAGAUGAUGCAGAACCCGCUGCUGUCGUACCCGGCGUUCAGCCACUUCCUGGAGCUGCGCCACCACCACCACCAACAGCCGCCUCCCAGCAAGUCGUUCACCAUAGACGCUAUCCUGGGGCUGCGCGCCACCGACCUCAGCACCGCCGCCUCCACCGCCUCCGCCGCCGCCCCCAGGACUGCCGGAUCCGCCUCCGCAGUGGCGGCGUGUCGGAGGACCAACCCUUCUGCUUCGGGCGAGAAGGGCGGCGCCGGUUCUUCGGAGGGCCGCAAGCAGUCGGCGGGGAAGUGCAAGCGCGUACGCACCAUCUUCACGCCGGAGCAGCUGGAGCGGCUGGAGGCGGAGUUCGAGCGCCAGCAGUACAUGGUGGGGCCCGAGCGCCUCUACCUGGCGCACGCGCUGCAGCUCACUGAGGCACAGGUGAAGGUGUGGUUCCAGAAUCGACGCAUAAAGUGGCGCAAACAGCACUUGGAGCUGCAGCAGCAACGGCUGGCGCAGCUGAAGCAGCAACAGCAGCAGCUGCACCAGCAGCAGUCGCAGCAGCCGCAGGUCGGCCGGCUGGAGGCGUCCACGCCCGGCGACAGCGACGGCGACAGCUGCAACAGCGGGCCCGACAGCCCCCUGCCCCCACCCCCACCACCGCAGCAGCAGCAGCCAGCCUUCCCCACGCAGUAG